CCCUCCUCACGGCACGGUAUACUCAUCGUUGACCCUCUGCUUUUGGUAUUCCUUCUUCCUUUAUAGUUAAGUGUCUGAAAGCUAGUAGGGAUCGGAGUUAUAGCUCAUGCUAGUUGAUAACCAGAUCAAAUUUUGCCAUUGUGAGCCUCAGCCAAAUUGGAAAACUGAAUAGAAUAUGGGUUCAUGGAGAGCUAUCCUGUUCCUUCGUCUCAUUCUCGUAAACAUUGUUCGUCUCACCGUUUCCCAGCCUCAUUUCCUAAACUACUACUAUAUAUCUGAAUCUGGCACUUACUCGACUAAUAGUACAUACCAGAAGAACCUCGUUGCCCUCCUCUCUUCCCUUUCCAACAGUACCGAUAAAUAUGGGUUUAACAGUUCCUCAGUUGGCGAAAAUCUGGACAGAGUUAAUGCAAUUGUGCUUUGCAGAGGAGACGUUGACCUCGAUACCUGUCGUAGUUGUAUCAACAAUGCCACUAUGAAGCUCCCACAACUGCUUCCUAAUUACAAGGCGGCGAUCGGAUGGUAUCGCUAUUGUAUGCUUCGUUACUCGGACAAGUCCAUAAAUAGCAUUUUAGCAACCAAUCCGAGUCACUUCAUUUAUACCUACGUAAAUGCGUCGAGCGUGAAUGAAUUCAAUCAAGUGCUGAGAAGCUUGUUGGACGGCCUCCGCAGCAAGGCAGCGUUGGGUGGAGCCCGCCGCAAGUUCGCGACGAACAACACGGCUGGUCCGGAUUUUCAGACUAUAUAUGGACUAAUGCAGUGCACACCUGAUUUGUCCGAAAUAGAUUGCAACAAUUGCCUCCAAUUGGCUGGUCAACAGAUUCCGCACUACUUUAGUGGUAAGACAGGAGGGACAAUUUUGGCACCUAGCUGUACUCUUCGGUACGAGACCUAUCAGUUCUUUACGAAGAAUCCAGCUGAUGCACCACCAGCCACAUCAGCACCCCCGCCAGCCCCUCCCCCGGCGCGCACUUUUGCUCCUCCUCCGCCAUCAACCGAUGUGACAACAAAGCAAGUUUCCGGAGCUGGGGAUCAAAUUAGCAUUGCGGAAUUGUCGCAAAACGACUUUGAUAGCAUUAGUGUUGCAACGGAUAACUUCUCCGAUAGUAAUAAGCUUGGACAAGGUGGAUUUGGUGCCGUUUACAAGGGUAGGCUUAAUGGACGAGAAAUUGCAGUGAAGAGGCUGGAUAAGGAAUCUCUACAAGGAGAAACAGAGUUUAAGAACGAGGUUAUGAUAUUGGCCAAGCUUCAACACAAGAAUUUGGUUAGGCUGCUUGGUUUUUGCUCGGAAAGAACAGAAAGGCUUCUUAUCUACGAGUUUGUGCCCCAGUCAAGCCUUGAUCACGUCAUAUUCAAUCCAAUCAGGUGCGAACAAUUGGGUUGGGAUAAGCGUUACAAGAUCAUACGAGGCAUUUCUCAGGGACUUCUCUAUCUUCAUGAAGAAUCACAACUAACAAUCAUUCAUCGUGAUCUCAAAGCUGGUAAUGUUCUCUUGGAUGACGACAUGAAUCCCAAAAUUUCAGAUUUUGGCACUGCAAGAUUGUUUGUGGUGGAUAAAACUCACUUGAGUACAAUCAAUAUUGCGGGGACCCGUGGAUAUAUGGCUCCAGAGUAUGCAGUGAAUGGGCAAUUCUCGAUAAAAUCAGAUGUCUUUAGCUUUGGUGUCUUAGUUCUUGAAAUUCUGAGUGGCCGGAAGAACAAAUCUUUCUGUAAUGGGAAGAACGUAGAGGGACUUUUAAGCUACGCAUGGAAAUCUUGGAGGGAAGGAACAUAUUCAAAUGUCAUAGACCCCACAUUGAGGGUUAAUUCGGGUUCCAUGCCGGAAAUGAUAAGAUGUAUUCAUAUUGGAUUACUGUGCGUCCAGGAAAGUGUUGCAAAAAGACCGGCUAUGGCUGAAGUUGUUCUCUUGCUUAAUAGCUCCUCCAUCAGCCUUGAGGUGCCAUCAGAGCCUGGUUUUUUUUUGCAUAGUGGUAGCAGCAAUGCAGAGUUACCAUUGCUUCAGGAGCAUAGGUCUGAAUUCGCCGUGUCAGGUCAUUCAAUAAAUGAAGUAUCAACAACUGAGUUGUAUCCUCGUUAAAUUCUCAAGGUGUGAUAUCAACUCUAAGCAAAUAUGUUUGAACCAGGAUGUGAUUUUCAGCAAUAAGCUUAUCUGUUAAUUUCUAUAGAAGGAAUGAUAUUUGAAUAAAUUGACUAUCGUAAUAUAGGUCUCUGUUGGAUUUUUGCCCAUGUGGUGUUAAUGCAUUGAAAGAAAAAAGAAAAAUAG